AUGAACCGUUACAAACUCCCAGCAACAGUCAAUAUAGACCGUUACAAACUCCCAGCAACAGUCAAUAUAAACCGUUACAAACUCCCAGUAACAGUCAAUAUAAACAAACUCCCGAUAACAGUCAAUAUAAACCGUUACAAACUCCAAGCAACAGUCAAUAUAAACCGUUACAAACUCCCAGUAACAUUCAAUAUAGACCGUUACAAACUCCCAGGAACAGUCAAUCUUGACCGUUGCAAACUCCCAGCAACAGUCAAUAUAAACCGUUACAAACUCCCAGCAACAGUCAAUAUAAGCCGUUACAAACUCCCAGUAACAGUCAAAAGAAACAAACUCCCAGUAACAGUCAAUAUAAACAAACUCCCGGUAACAGUCAAUAUAAACCGUUACAAACUCCCAGCAACAGCCAAUAUAAACCGUUACAAACUCCCAGUAACAUUCAAUAUAAACUGUUACAAACUCCCAGCAACACUCAAUAUGAAGCAUUACAAAUUCCCAGCAACAGUCAGGAUACACAUUCCUAGUAACAGUCAAUAUAAACAAACUCCCAGCAACGGUCAAUAUAAACCAUUACAAACUCCCAGUAACAGUCAGUAUACACAAACUCCCAGUAACAGUCAAUAUAAACAAACUCCCAGUAAUGGUCAAUAUAAACAAACUCCCAGUAACAGUCAAUAUAAACAGACUCCCAGUAAUAGUUAA